AUGGCCACCUCCUCGACAUUGUCAGUGUAUGACUACAUCGUAAUUGCUGCAACGUUGGCUGUGCCGUUGACUAUAGGUGUUUACCUGGCCAUUAAGGGGAGAAAGAAUGAUACGAAAGAGGAAUAUCUACUUGGAGGGAGGAGUCUCCAUCCGAUACCUGUCAUGUUGUCACUGUUUGUGACGUUCAUGUCGGCGACGUCGCUUAUAGGGAUACCGGCAGAGACGUUCACGACGGGGUCGGAUUUCUGUCUGUUUGUGGCGUCUACAGCUCUUUCGUACCCGAUCGCCUUGAUCACCGUUGUCCCCAUAAUGCACGCCAUCCAAGUCACCAGUAUGUACGAGUACUUCCAGCUUCGUUUCGGGUCCCCCACACUGCGUCUCCUGGUGACUGUGGUCGGCAUGGUUCAGAAGAUAUUAUUCACGGCCGUGAUGCUGCUCUCGCCGUCAUUAUCUAUACAGACAGCCACUGGAUUGCCUUUUUGGGUGUCUGUAGUCAUCGUAGGACUGGUGGGGAUAAUAUACACUUCGAUUGGUGGGAUCCGGGGUGUGGUCUUGGUGGAUGUGUUCCAAGCAGCAAUCAUCAUGAUCGGUGUCAUUGCUAUUCUAGUAAAGUGCGUUGGUGACACAGGCGGCCUGGAGAGAUCGUUUGAGUUGGCGAAAGAGGGCGGAAGGAUAACACCACCCAAGCAAGUGAUUAUUGGUACGAUGGCCUUGGUUUUCGAAAUGGUUCCAAAUCUCUGGCAUGAAGGCCCCUCCUUGAACCCAACUGGUUGUCACGUAGUCCAUGAAGGCAGUCACUUUAGGGCAAGCAGGAGAGUCAGCAAUGGCAUCAAGCCACACAUCAUCCACUUUGUCACGAGGUACUAG